AUGUGUCCCCUGCAGCGUCCCCGGCCAUCUCCUCCGGCUGAUGCCGGCAUCUGGCUCCUGUGUUCCGGUCCCUGUGACGUCGGGACGUACGGGAAAUUUGAAAAUUUUAAAAAAAAUGUCAUUUUUUUUCAAAACGAUUUUACAUACCCAUUUCACAUACAUAUUGUCCCUAGUGCUCUGUCCUGUCCCCUGUCUGCAUUUUGAAUGUUCUUUCUGCCUGGAAACUGAGAAAAGUCCAUGGCGUCCAAAAAGUGUCCCUUUAGGUCAAAAGCGGGUUAAGAUCAGCUAGAGAACAGCGAUAGUAAAUCAGAACCACUUGCAGAAUUGA